AUGUCACGUAGGGGUACCAGAGCACGUAUUUCAACGGCAAAAGCACGUAAACUUCAGUCGUCGGACUUAGAAGAAGAUAAGUAUGAUUCGGAAGGAAAUGAAAAUCGUUCAUCGGUGUCGACAAUAAAUGGUGGCAGGAAGCAGCAAUCCUGUAAAAAUAAACAGAAGAAAAAUGCGGUAUUCACAACAUUUUAUAUUAUGCGUUCGUCGAGUAGUGCAUAUCAUAUGAUACCACUAGAACGAUUUGUUGAUCCCAUGGAGCAUUUUGAAGUCGAUCAAGAGUAUUCGUAUGUACCGGUGAAUCAAGAUAAAGCAACACGUGGAAUGUUGUUAACAAUGGG